AUGAAUAAUAAUAAUAUUAUUAUGCGAUUUUCAAUUUUCUACUUCUGCUUAUUGUUUUUACUAAUUAAUGAAAUUAGUAGUUCAGGUGAGAAAAAACUAUGAAGUUUUGUUUGCCGGAAAAUUUUUUGGGGUUUUCGGCUUUCACAGAAAAUUCGAGUUGUUUGAAAUUUGAAAAAAAAAACAGAUUUUUGUCAAAAUUGUGCUGAAAUUGAUAAUUUAGGGAAUUUUCCAGUAAAAAAAAAUCAGGGAAUGUCCGAUUUUCAGUCACAAAUCAGGCUCGGCCCCAUUUAAAAAAAAACUUGAAUUCCAAAAAAAUUCCAAAUGUUUCAAUAGUUUUGUUUUAGUGAUUCACCGUCGAUUACGACGAGAUUCUCCACCGGUUUUUGCGCGUCCAUUAGGAGAGAUACGACGAAAACCACCGGCAAUUCUUCAGCUGAUUGGUAAGUUUUGACAUGUUUUUUUCAUCCUUUUUCCUUUUAUCAAUUCCGCUUUAAAAAACAAUAAUUUUCUAGGUCCAUUAGCUUUUGGGCGAAAAGAUGGAGAUGACGCGAAAAUGAAUAUUCCGAUGAUGGGCAAUUUUGGAGUUGGAGAUGUGACACAAACAAUUGCUAAAUUCACACCAGAAGGAACACAGGGACAGAAAGCAAAUGGUGGAACUUUUGAUUUGAGUGAUAAAGGGCCCCAGUUAGGAUAUAUGGAUAGAGAAACUACGAUGGGAGAGAGAUCUGGAAGUACAAGUAAAAUGUCAUUUGGUGGAUUAGGACAAAUUGAAUUGGGAGAAGUGAAAGAGCAGGGCACGGGACUUUUGGAUUUUUCAAAAGCACUUUUCCCGUUUUUGGAAUUACCUGCACUGAAAAAUGAAACAGAUCAUUUACCAGAAGAGCAUUCGCAAGUAGAUCAAAGUUACACGGAUUAUUAUUAUCCGAAGCCAAGAAGUUAUAUUGGAUCAGUUUAUGAUGUUACACGAACUGAAGCAACAAAUGGAAAAAAUCAGGAUGAUAUUGAAUUUCCGAAAUUGGUGAAUACAAAAGAUAUUAUUCUUGAAGAACAACCGAGACAUUAUAAAAAUCCAUUUGAUAGUAUAAAACUUCGCCCGAAAAUGCAAGCUUCUGUCACAAAACAUAUUGAUGAUGCGAAAAAAGAAGAGGGAUUUAUUCAACAAAAAGGGCGACAGGUUGAUCCGGAUGAGGAAAAAGAAACUGUUAAUCCAAACUUACUGACAGCUGAGCAGAAAGUAUCGACAAUUACUGAAAGGAAAUCAAUUCAUGAUGCUGGUUUGAAUACAAAUGAGAUCUUUGCAUUAUGCGCAAAGUUUUCACCAAUUGCAAAUCAACAUUGUUACAAACCGAAAGUUGAAUCACAAUAUUUGGAAAAAUGCAGAGGUUAUAUGACUGAUUGUUCGGAAUUUAUUGUGAAAGCGAAGCCAUUGGGAGCAAUCGCAAACUCUUUUUCAUCUGGAGUUGGACUAACUUAUUAUGAUUGGAAUGUGAAUGGAAUACCGUAUUAUCCAAUUAAUGAAGAGGGUUCUGUUGGAAAUGGACAUCACGGAAAAGUUGAUUUUGGAUCGUGGGGUGGUGGAUAUUCAGAUAAUUUGGGAGUUAGAGAUUUCUGGUCACAAACUCAAGAAUAUGGAGCAAACUGGUAUGAAGGUUAGUUUUUUGUGGAGGACGGGGUCAAUGAUGAAAUAAGCUUAGGCCUAGGGAAAAGGUUCUAACAUGCGUUUUUAAUAAAAAAAAAGCUAACAUGCGUUUUUAAUAAAAUGGUGACCUCAAAUUCGCUUGCCAGCGCCUAAUCAUAUCUCGGGGAAAAAGUAGCAAGUUUUGCUUUUUAAAUUUUUUUAAAAACAAUGUUGAAAAACUCACUUUUCCUCCAGUUUUCCUCGUUUUCCAAAAUCAUUCAAUUAAAAUUCGCUUCGUUUCGAUAUUUUCACCAAUUUGCUGUCGUUUUUCCUGUAAAAUAGAAAUGCAUCGAAUUUAGAUAAGUACUUUAAACGGAAGAAAAAUUCAAGAAUGUACAUUUUUUCAUAAAAUUACUUUUUGAGCACCAGUUUUGGUAUAAAACUAUCGAAAAUCAACUAAACUUGUGUUACGUGUACUAGAAAAAUAGAUAAAUAUAAAUUUAACAACAAGUUUCAUUCAAAUUCGUGGAAAAACAACAAAAAUAAAAAAUGUUUGAAAAACAAAAACAGGAAAAUAAAAGUAAGAAUGGAAAUGCGCCCCAUUGAUAAAAAUUGAAUUUCUCGCACACUUUCAAAAAUUUGUGUGUGUCGUUGCUGUUUUAUUAUCAGACUAAAAGGAUGUGCUAUCUAACAAAAAGAACUAUUGUUUUUUAGGAUUGUAUGGAUACAAAACUGGAUGGAGUAUUCCAAUUGUUCAAGGAGUUGGUGUUGAAGGAGGCCAAGGAGCACAAGUUUCAGUUCCAAUAAAAGAAGGAGAACUUGGAAGACCAAUUAGUGUAACAAAUGGAUAUCACGUUGGACCAUAUCUUGGAUUAGCUGAUCGUGUUGGAGUUGAUUGGUUGAAUGGUGGAGUUUCGUAUAAUAAGGGAUUUGCGGUGCCUUUUGUUGGAGUUGGUGUGAAUACUGGAACAGCUGUUGGUUUCCCUUCAGUUGGAACAAUUAUGAAUCGAAUGGGAUUGGAUUCUGUUGAAACAUUGAAUUAUAUGACGAGAGCUGCUGCUGACAAAGUACAAGCGGAUAAUAUAAGAGAAGCAAAAAUUAGAAAUAGAAACAUUCAUUAA